GCACGUUGUUGUUGUUUUGUAAAAUUCAGGAAUGUUCAAGGAUUCAAGGAUCGUUGAUCUUUUGUUCAAAAUGGCUUGAUUUAAUUUAAUCAAGCUCAAUAAAACGUAGGAAUUAAUAUUUAGAAAUGGCUGGGGCUGCCUUAAAACGGCUUAUGGCUGAAUACCGACGUAAGAACUAAUUCGACACUUAUUAAUCCUUAUAUAUUGUAUGUUGUACACGUAUUAAUAUUUUACUACGUAGAUAUAGAGAGUAAAGUCGUUAAUCCUUACAAAUUAGGGCUUAUCGAUUCGUAUUAAAAAUAUCUCGUAUGUCUUGUAGAGCUAACUCUCAAUCCCCCAGAAGGCAUCAUCGCAGGUAUAAAAUGUGCAAUGUUGGUUUAAUUAUUAAUAAAUAUGUUGAUAUAUUAAUUACAAUAAUUAGUAUGUAUCAAUUAUAAAUAUUGUGUAUUUUUAGGUCCAGUAAAUGAGGAGAAUUUUUUUGAAUGGGAAGCUUUAAUCAUGUAAGCAUGCAUGUGAAACUCGAAAGAAAUAUCACCUAAUGCAUAAAAUAUAUCCUGUUUGAUCUUUAGUAUGAAUACCGGUACCUUGAGAUUUUGCUCUCAUGCUCUGUUUAUAUGCCAGCCAGUUUUACUUAACCCAUUGUCAUUAAGGACAUUAAGUUGCAUUGCACCAUAAUGUGCCCUACUUUAUUAUUUUACUCUGUCUAACACCGGACGAUUUUACUCACCAAGGGCCAAGGGAGAGCUCUGGCACUCAAGUAAAGUAAAAUCCAAGUAAAAUAAUUAUUUGCAGUCCUGCAUGCAUCUACCGAAAAUAAAGUAUCACAAAGUACACACAAAAUUAAGUAUGACGAAUAAGGUAACUAACCCAUUGAGUUGCAUUGCAUCCCGAUGUGCACUAGCUACUCCCCACAAUAAAGUGUGGCCCAAAAUUAAUAGUCGACAAAUAAAAGUUGUCUAUAACAAAUUGUCAGUGGGUCAUGUCCAUAUUCAAGUUGCCAUGGAAAACGUCAAAUUGACUGUUUUUAUGUCAAUUGAAGAUUGAUGUUUGUAAAAUCAAAUCGAUGUUUUCAUCUAAACCCACCCACCCAGUAUGUGGCAUAGCUUUCAUCAAUUUGACAUUCUGCAUGGAAACUUGACCCCAGAUAAUUUUACCCAGCAUGUGAAAAAUGACCUCAAAUGGAAAGUGUUUGGACAUUCAUGCAGUGUUAACUUCACUUGUCAUUUCUUCAAAUAUGUUCAUGUAAUCAGCAUCCGAGAAUUCAGGCCUGGCCGUAAGUAUUUGGACAGGCGCGUGGCAUAUCAUGCUGGCUAUGAACGUCAGGCACGCAAUUAAAAAAAAACAUUGCUGUCCUCUGACUCCCUUUUCCGAUGAGCUUGACAAAUCAUCGUUAUCGUCAAUGGUUGUGGUGUCUUUUUCAAUUCUAUGCUUUUUUAACAGAGUUUCUUCAUCCACGGUGUUGCUGUCGAGUUUGACUCUGCAUCUUUUCUCCAUGUAAAAUUCUAAUGCACGUUGAAGAAUCUCCUUACGCUCCUUCGCCGACCAGCAGUUAUCAUUUCCUUUGAUCAGCAUUAAAUCAGUCAUUCUUUUAUAACUAGUCUAAGUGGCAAGGAUUUGUUCCGGCAAAAAUUCAUUUAGAAUAAAAAAACCCCAGAUGCACGAUUUCAUAUUCUUAAAACAAACGAGGCACGCGCAUUUUGAGGUGUCAAGGCGCGUGCGGAGGCGCUCACGCGCGCCUCAAACGACGAGGCCUGGAAUUUGAAAAACAUAGGCAGGAUACAUACCUUAUAAACUAUCAUAAUUUGAUAAAAAUGUUAAUUUUCUUUGCAGGGGUCCAGAAGGCACGCCUUUCGAGGACGGUGUGUUUACAGCAAAAAUAGUCUUCCCAUCAGAUUAUCCACUUAGUCCACCAAAAAUGAAAUUUGUCUCAGACAUGUUUCAUCCUAAUGGUAUGAACCAAAUUUGAUAAUUGUAAUUUUCAUUGACAUAAUUGCAAGUAAUUCAAUGAAGUAUAAUUAUUGCAGACCGUCUGCAGCAGCAGACCCUUAUCUGUUCGCGAUUUUUGGGCAUAAUACAUUUAAUAGAACUAAUAGUAGGUGGAUAAUAGAAUUUUAUAAUAAACUUCUAUACACUUUUAGACCUGAUCCCUGAGCAGUUGCAAAAAAUUUAAUUUAAGUAAUUUAUUAACUUUGCCAGAUUCAAACAAUGUUAACACAAAAACUGGCAGGGCAAUCACAACAGCUUGUGCCAAUUACUGUGAUCCCUAAAUGUUAGACAAAUACACUAUAUAUGUACAUAGAAAAAAUCAAUUACUAACUAUCAGAUUGAACUUAGUUUCACAUUGGGACCCACAUGACCACUUCCAUUUUCAGAAGCCGACUGAUUCAGAUGAUAUUUGAAACCCUAUAGGCCCCCUAAAUGUAAAUUGCUAUACGGAUUUGCUGCGCCAUGUACUGCCAAUUUGAAGCACUUUUCUAGUCUAUAUAAUUUUGUAAUUUUGCAUGUUUUGAAAUAUUAACAGUAUACCCAGAUGGCCGAGUUUGUAUUUCAAUUCUCCACGCCCCUGGUGAUGACCCAAUGGGGUACGAAACGAGUGCAGAGAGAUGGAGUCCUGUACAAUCUGUGGAGAAAAUUCUACUGUCAGUUGUUAGCAUGUUGGCAGGUAUAAAAUUAUAGUGUUUUGUCGUCUCCAGGUGCUAAUAAAUUAUAAAAAGAUUUCAUGUGAGUCACUAUAUAGAGUGUGCUAGUGCUUAAUGGGCUAACAUUACUUUCUCACUCUCACUGAUAACAACAGGUUGACCAAAAUCUGGUGCAUGACAAGCUUAGUGAAACACAAUACUUUUUUUUACCUUUCACACUAUCUAGAACCAAAUGAUGAAAGUGGAGCAAAUGUUGAUGCAUCGGUAGGUAACAGGACGUCACAAAAGCUGGCAACUGUGCUAUUGUAUAGGACUUGCUUCCCAGGGAAACCUCUUUCACAUAAUCACCAUUCACCCUCAACAACUUUGAUCAACAAGCUUUGGUUUUCCUACCUUUGUCAUCUCUGAUUAAUCCAGGGGUAAAUUAGCCAACCAUAUUACUCUAUUUUGCUUACAUGACAAUACUACUGCAUGGGUACCAUGGAUCCAGUUCUAGGACUGGAUAAAAAUUAAUUCACCAGCUGACACUAGUAAUUCACCAACUUGUUCGUGACUGGGUGGUAUGGGGAACAGUGGGGAUCUUCAAAACAAUGAAGACAACAGAACUUUCCGACCACUGAAUUGUGACCGCAUAGUACUCCUGUUGUGCCAGGUCUUAACGCAGAGUAAAGCCAAAGGGGACUGUUCCUUCUGCUUCACAUAUUGCCACAAAUGUAUUAAAUCCUUAAAAUCUACUAGAGGGUCAGUACUGCCAGGUAAAAUUAUUUUCUUUUCUUUCCAUUUAGAAACUGUGGCGUGACAAUCGUGAAGAAUUCAAUAAGAUUGCGAAGACUCUUGUCAGAAAGAGUUUAAACUUGUAAAACACUUUAGGAGCAAAUUGUAAAUAGUGUAGAUUGUAGAAAUUGGAUUAUUUUUGUUUGAACAAAUAAAC